AUGUUUAUAUUAAUAGUGCUAAGCUCGACUAGUUUCGCGACAGUCGUUACAGAUGCGGAAAUCUUCAUGAGAAUUCACUUGGAACCCUAUCGCAGAAACGCUACCAAAGAGGUAAAGUGAUUGAAUUUGAUUUAGCAUUAUGGUCGCGUUUUUUUGAGAAUGCGGCUGUAAUUAUUUACUUCGUUGUCUAGUGCCUAACUCGAGAAAACAUUCGUCAAUACUAACAUCUCUCUCCCACAGAUGCUCAACGUCUACAGUUUCAUAGCUUCAAACUAUGAUUUAAGCGAGACCACUCUUGCACUUGGAGUUGUCAACACGCAAGUUUGCGAUAUAGGCAAGGUACGACCUAGUAUUGUUUAGUUAGUCUAGUAUUUUAUUUGUUACCAGGGGUAAAAACACUGCAAAAAAAAAAAAAAACUGAAGAGAGUAUCCGUUACCUUUUGAUAUCUGUCCCCAAUAUGGAUAACAGUGUAUCUCAACAUUUUUUCAUUUGAUAAAUUUGGAGUACAAAGUUUCAACCAGACACAUACAUAUGGUUUUAUGCCUCGUGGUUUCCGUCUCUUGAAUCUAUGUGUCAUUUUGUCCUAACAUUUUAGUGGUUUUCCAAAAAAAACUCCGACCUUUGUCCAAAUUUCUGUACUAGUAACAGGCCGUUGUUCCCUAAAGUCACGUCUCCACUAAUCAGAAAAGAAAGAUUCAAGAAUGCUAUUAUGUAGAACGAAAAAAUUUGCGUAGGUUUUGAUUUGCGAAUAGUGACAACUCAUAGAGCUUUCGGGCAAUAAUUUAUUCUGUUGUUCAUGUCCUGAGAUAUUGAUAUACAUUUUUUUUCAAGCACUAAAAAUUUGACAAGAAAGAAAACACUGAUGAUUUAAUUUUUUUAAAUUGUUGAAAAACAGCGCAUUCCGUCAUUUAGGAAUAUUUCAUCCAAAUAAAAAACUCUUAGAUGGAAUUAGAUUACUUUCCAUAGGUGCUGGCCCGGAAAAAAUCUCAGAAGCCUACUAUUAUUCUUUGCCCACUUUUUUUUUAAUUUGACGAAAGGUAGUUACCUUUGCAGCGCUUUAUUUCACGAGAUUUUUUUUUUCCGCAAAAUUUGCAGAUAUUAAACCAGGGUUAUGGUACUACAAAAUAACAAUUUGCUUGUUUCAUUCCUCUAUUCAAAGCAAAGAAAAGACAACCUAACCAUCGCUUAUGCCAAAAUGAAAGAUUUCAUAAAUCCAGUGAACAUGGUGUACUCGUAUGAAGUAGCACAGACACCGCAGAACAAGAGGUUGAAAGGUCUGCUCAUGGACGUGCGCAUGCACCUGAGAGCCACAGUGAAUGCAUUGCGUCGUAUGGUGAGAAUGCGAAAAAGUAUUUCUAUUAACAUGCAUAGCAGUGAUCAAAACUUUAAAAUCAAGCAAACUAAAUGCGCAAAUAAAAGUUCCGUUCCUUUUCGUGACAAAUUCAUGGUGAAGUUAAGAAUGAAUUUGAGGUAUAAUUUUGUCAAACCUUCUAUUUCUAGUUGUCUGUAGUUGAUGACAGUGUUUCGCUCACGUUUCCGAAAAAAAUUCAUGAUUAGGGAGAUUAAAGUUUCUAACGACUGAUUAGGAUGAAUCCUUGUCAUUUCAUUCUACGUCGCGAAGGUGUUCUCGGAAUCGAUCACCAAUGUGUGACCUUUUUGCAAUCAAUGCAAAUUAUGCAGUAGAUGACACUGGCGGAGGCACACGUGAAGUGGUGAGUGAUCUUAAUAGAGCACUUGGGUCCAAACAUUUUCUCUACGUUAUGAAUGAAAGGACAAGUUUUGCACACUGAGCAAGCGCAUUGGAAAGUUCCAGGUUUGUUAUUGGUUUGAAAUGAACUUUUGUCCAAAAAGCUGCCUAUGUUUUUGUCACGUUUGAAUUAUACUGGUGGAGGUUGCAGAAAGAUAGUACCAGUCUCUGAAUCGUUUUGAAGUACUUCAAAGUUUUUGAAAAUGAUGUAUUUAACAGCGUGGUUGUGAGGGUGAAAUGUGAGAGUGAAUGGAAGGCGAUCAGUAUUUCCCUUCUCAGCCGUUUGUAGUGACUGCUGACUGUCGAUCAUUGUUGGGCACGGUGCCGGGUGGCCCGCUUGAACGACAAGAACUGGAUAGCCACGUUUAUCGAAAAACUGGCACAUUGCCUCUGAUUUUUCUGAAAAAUCAGAGUUGUCACUACAUGAACGACGAAGUCUGAAAAAAUGUGAAAAUGGUAUGGAAUUCUUGACUUGUGAUGAAUGCGAAGAUGAAUACAACAAGUAACUAUGUGAGUCUGUAGGUUUGUAGUAAACACCUAGUGCACAGACCGUUCCCUUCAAUUGAAAUUUUGAUGUCUAGAAAAGCCAAAGAAGUGUUAGAAAUUCCCCAGGUAUAUUUCAGAGCCGGGUGAAAAGAAUUGACGGCGGUUAUAAAUUGAGUGAGCUCCUCUCUGGUAGAGGAGGUGGCGCCGAUGCAGUCGUUAAUGUAGCGACCGUAGAGUUCAGGUUUUGGGCCGUUGUUUUGACUAAAAAAUGGGUGUUCGAUAAAGCCUACGAAAAGAUUGGCGUAGCUGGUUUCUAGUAGACAACGAGGAAUUCAUUCAAAUGAUAAAUCCACCUUCCUAAACCGUGAAAUUAUAUGUUCAUGCGGCGUCAAGUCAGCAAAUUAGGACAUAUUGUUCAUUCCUUCAAUUUAGACUAUUGAGCAGCCCUUGGCCUCUGCUUGAUGUAUUGAUGAGAAUAGUGACAAAGUACAAAUAGAUUGCCUAUAACUAAUCAAGGGCGUAAACCCAUAAACUAACGACCCCGCUGGUUUGAUAUGAAAAUAGAAUCACGUCAACACAGAAGUCACGUUGUAAAUAUUGCACACGCUCAUUCAACCAGCAGGGCUCAGCGGGCGCUUUCAAUAAAAAAAAAAUUCCGAGAUGCGUCGAGCUAAACACCAAACAGAUCAUACAUCGCUAAUGAUGCAUUAAUAUAACAUUACUGCAACUCUCAUUGUACCUCGUCUCUUCUAAACACUAUGAUGAUAUGCAAUACGUAAGAUAUUUAUUGUCACACUUUUCUUUUGCUUGAUCGCAGUUACGAACUCGGUGUUUCUUCCUUUCUUACCGGGAACCUUGAUUAUAGGAACAUUACCGUUGAAGAGGCGGAAACCGUAGACUAGGUCGACUUGCAUAGAGAAACACCGGUCUCAUGACCGAUUCGAUUAAAGGGGCUUUGCAGUUUUCGGGAUUUUUUGAAACCGAUAGGUAGAACUUGUUUAACCCACAGAACGCAAAUUUUUAGCAAUCUUUAUGGAGUUUUAUGGAAUUUGCCUUUCUCUUAAAUUCAACAUGAAUCUGUAAAAUUGCAUUGGUCUCACGAAUUCAAAAUUAUUGCAUAUCAGACAUAAAAUGCAAAACUGAUCAACUUCAUACAACAAGGGUGAAUCAUUUGACUACCAUCUGGAACAAGUUCUUAAUACUGAGUAAAAGUUGGACUAUAACUCAUUACAAAGAUCGCUAUUGUCUGAGAAAAUGCUUGACAGAACUUUUCUUUCUGUAAGUUAAUGACACUAUUAAGAUAAAAACAAUUUGCUCAAUUUUAACUCUCUUCAGCAAAAGAAAGACAAUCUCUCCAUUGCCUUUAUCCAACUUUACAACUUCAUCCGUCCACUUUACCUGGCAUACUCCUGUGAAGAAGCUAAAGGAUCUCAGCACAAAGUGUUGGCAAGAGUGCUCAAAGACACCAGUUUUCACCUGAAUAAUACAGUGUGA